CAGCGCCGCUCCCGCCCAGGCCCGCGCAGCCAGGCGAGCCCGGCGCAGCGCCCUCCGCCCGCGGCGCGGCGCGGCAGGACCAUGUCGGCCACGGACGAGCGGGCCAAGGAGAUCCUCCGGGGCUUCAAGCUAAACUGGAUGAAUCUUCGGGAUGCAGAAACAGGGAAAAUCCUCUGGCAAGGAACAGAAGAUCUGUCUGUACCUGGAGUGGAGCACGAAGCUCGAGUUCCUAAAAAAAUCCUGAAAUGCAAAGCAGUGUCUCGGGAGUUAAACUUUUCCUCAGCAGAACAAAUGGAAAAAUUCCGACUGGAACAGAAAGUGUAUUUCAAAGGGCAGUGUUUAGAAGAAUGGUUCUUUGAAUUUGGUUUUGUGAUUCCUAACUCCACAAACACUUGGCAGUCCUUGAUAGAGGCAGCACCUGAAUCACAGAUGAUGUCAGCUAACGUUUUAACUGGUAAUGUUAUUAUAGAAACCAAAUUCUAUGACGACGACCUUCUUGUAAGCACUUCCAGAGUCAGACUUUUCUACGUUUGAGAUGGGGCUUUUUGGAGCUGUUUUAGUUUUCCUCCAUGCAGUUCUUGGUGCAGAACCUCCUGACUAUCCAGUGGAAGACACUCCUGUAGGCGGUGACCCUGGGAACCACCUCUACGUGGGUUGUGACCUUUGCCCAUCGGUUGUUUUGCUUUCUUCUCUGACCAGACCCGACCAAACCCUCAGAGACAGCACCAUCUGCUCAGCGCUGCGUUGGGGAACAGAGGCUGUCUCUGAAAAUGGGCCAACGGUGGUCGUGCAGAACCAAUACUGUAAAUUAUGUUAGUUUCCUCCUUUGUACUUCUAUGGAUCCUGUUAGAAAACUUCCCAUUCCACUCACACCACACUCAGUGCGUUUCCUUUUUGAGGGGAUUAAGUUCACCUUUUCAUUUUCUCAUGUUGUAGGUUUUUCUCCUUUCACUGGAUUUCUGUGUAACUGGUCCACGCUUCCUCUAACCCUGAACUUGUAAAAUAGACUGUGAUAUUACCUAAUGUAAUUAAAACAAAUUUCUCAAUUAAAACAUUCCUACCGUCCAAAGCAGGGAAGCGGCGCUGAUUCUGUGUUCUUUCUGUUAC